CUUGUCAUGUAUUGAAAGCCGGAGAUAGAGAUGUUGUGCUUCAAAGGUUCGGUUAAGCGGAAGAAGCAAUCCGGUUCUGUUCCGGUUUAUCUAAAUGUCUACGAUCUAACUCCUAUGAAUGCUUAUGGUUAUUGGCUUGGACUUGGUGUUUUUCAUUCUGGUGUUGAAGUUCAUGGAGUUGAAUAUGCAUUUGGAGCACAUGAAUCAUCAAGCACAGGUAUAUUUGAAGUGGAGCCAAAGAAGUGUCCCGGUUUUACGUUUAGGAAAUCGAUUCUUGUGGGGAAAACCGACUUGGUUGCGAAAGAAGUUCGAGUCUUUAUGGAGAAAUUAGCUGAAGAGUAUCAAGGAAACAAGUACCAUCUCAUCACAAGAAACUGCAACCAUUUUUGCAAUGAAGUUUGUCUUAAACUUACUCAGAAAUCAAUCCCUAGAUGGGUGAACCGACUUGCUCGCUUAGGGGUUCUCUGCAACUGUGUGUUACCACCGCGCUUGAACGAGGCAAAAGUGAGGCGUGUAGGAAAAGGAGAGCUUACCGAGAGUGAGAAGAAGAAACUAAGAAACCGAUCAAGAUCAGGUCCUUUACUGUCUUCUUCUUCGUCUUCAUCGACACCUGAUAAUCAUCGUUCACACAUUCGAGCAAAAUCAACUGGUAACAAUCCUUCUUCUUCUUCGACAUCGGGUUCUAAGAAAAAUCAAAGACCUAGAACUCAAGGCCAGAAGUCGCCAAGCCUUUUGAGUCUCCAUUCUCUUUUCUUAAAAGAAUGUUCUGGCCUCGUGGAGCUACCUUCACUAGAAGCCUUCACAAAACUUGAGCUACUAGAUCUCCGUGGCACCCAUUAUCAAGGAAUUCCCAAGAGGGUUGCAAGAGUUAAAGAACUUCAGAAACCUUGACCUUUCUCAAACACCUUGCCUUGAAAGCAUUCCAGCUAGUUUGGUUUCGCGCUUGUUAAGUUUGGAGACACUAGACAUGACAUCAAGUCAUUACCAUUGGAACAUACAGGGAGAAGAAAAAGAUGGGGAAGCAAAAAUUGAAGAGAUCAAAUGUCUCAAGCAUUUACUGGUUCUUUCUAUCAGGCUCCAUUCCUCCCCAUUUCUUCUAACAAACAACAACAUUUGGA